UUCGUCGUGUCAUUUAUAAGCAGCCAGGAGCUUCAUUAUUAUGGGAGUGAUGGACCCGGUAAGGAGAGCAGCAGAGAGUGGGGGCGGAAUUCGAGCUUCCUCUUAUUCUUCCUUCCUCAAACAUGGCUCCCUUCCUUUUCACUCCCUUUCUAUUUUCUAAACUUUCCCAGUUUCUUCCUCCCUCUUCCUUUCUUUCCAUCCAAACAUGUCUUCAAUCCCUAUGAUUGCUUCUUCUCGAAUUGCCUUCUCUGACUUUUCAGGUUCCUCCAAGCUCCAUUUUCAACAAUUUCGCUCUCCUCAUGUGGUGAACCGCAGAUUUGCGGCGUCCAAAUCUGUAAGAUGUGCCAUAUCUCAUGAUCUUAAUCUCACUUCCUCUAACAAAUUAUGUAGUCCACGCCCUAACUGCGAUCUCGAUUCGAUUGCAAUUCCGGUUUAUUCGUCUGAAUUUGUGGCCGAUAAACUUCGUCGACUUGUUUUGGAAUUCGAGUCUCUCCUGGAGCCGAUUGAUCGGGUUAAACGACUGUUGCAUUACGCGGCGAUUCUUGGCUCUUCGGACAAAGCGAUUCGAAUACCGGAGAAUCGAGUGAGGGGAUGCGCGGCGCAGGUGUGGUUGGAUGUGAAAAUUGACGAGUUCGACCGGAUGAGAUUCAAAGCGGACAGUGAUUCAGAGAUAGCGAAAGGAUAUUGUUCGUGUUUGAUCUGGAUGCUGGAAGGUGCAGAGCCGUGGGAGGUUUUGAAUGUGAGGAGCGAUGAUUUGGAGGCUGUGAACGUUGGAUUGCACGGAAAAGCGACAUCUAGGGUUAAUACAUGGCAAAAUGUGUUGAUGAGUAUGCAAAUGAGGACCAACACUUUGGUUUCCAAAACUGAAGUGAAACCGCCAUUGGAGCCUUUUACCUUCCGUACUGUUCAUCGUCGUCUCCAUGGAUGAAUCGAAGGCUGGGUUGGAGAAUUUAAUCUUCACGAGCUGUUCCUUCAUCGUCAAAAAUUGAGAAAGCAACAGGGUAGAUCAAUCAAUCAAUUUCAUAUGAUCUGAACGAGAAAAGCUUGUAACGUCAUCGUACCAACGCAACAGGUAACUAAAUGUGAUAGUAUUGUAAUCUUGCCAUACCAAACCAACACUCAAACAGGUAUCUUUUGAUUGUAACAUAAAAUCAUCAUACCGUAGGUUGUACUAAUAAUACCUCAUGAUAUUGGACAAGUUUUCCAUUCGGUUAGAA